GUUAGAACAUGUAGAAAGGACGAAAACCGAAAUAGGCCCUUUGGUGUCGACCGAAAGGAAGCAGGGUUCCUAGAAAAUCACGCCAAAGGUGGAUAUCAUAGAAGCCGGAACAGGCCUUCGGCCUAAUCUGUGAAUUGAAGAAGAAGAAAAAGAAGAAGAAAAAAUUGUUUUAAAUAACAAAUUCUGAGGUGUAUAUGGGUGAUACUAGCACUUCUGAAUAAUCUAUGCUAGCCUUGAAAACCAUGGACUGUUAAUUACUUACGUCGUCUGCUGUAAAUCGAAUAUUCAAGGAAGGAAGAGUAACAAAUAAUUUGUUAGUGAAUAUGUCAUCGACGUUGGUUAGGACAAAUUGGUCGCAAAUUCGGUGCUGUCAGAGAAUCAUUAAAUGUGAUAAUAGAUUUAGUCAUGAAAACCGGUUUUCAGAGGGCUCAAAAGAACGGAACAGUUCAAAAACGUUCAAACAGUAUGCUCUGUCACACUACAUGAAGCUUGUCAGAAGCUAUGAAAAAGUGUUGGAAAAGAAAUUUCCAACUGCAAUGCAUGUAUACAGGAUUUUUAUGGUUGGAAUUAAAGAUUUUUAUACAGAUAUGAAGUAUUACUUUAAAAUCCACAGAAGAUUAUCAUCUCCAGCAGGAUUUAAGUGCCUUACAAGAAAGGAGAUUGAGUUGUACCACCAGAUACCAAAAGAUAUGUUGAGGGUGGCACCUAUGUUAAUACUGUCUACUUUACCAUUUGCAAAUUACGUUGUGUUUCCAUUAGUGUAUAUGUUCCCAAGACAGCUUCUGUGUCAACAUUUCUGGUCUUUGCAACAGCGAACAGAGUUUGCUAUGGAAGGACUACGCAGGCAAUUAUAUAACUAUAAACCAGUGUUCCGAUGUCUUCAAUCACAGCUUGAUACACUUAAAGGAAGACAAGAAUAUGAACACUGGGCAUAUGUUCUUGGACUGUUGGGGAGUGGCAUGCAUCCAAAGCCUGAAGAUAUUAUUAAGUCUGUAGACCUGUUUCGUGGGGACCCAUAUCACUUCUCCUAUCUGUAUCCUGGGCAUGUGAAAGGACUACUACGGAUGUAUAGCAUGCACACAGGGUUUUGGCGACGUCACAGAUUGGCUGAACAAGCAGUGAUUCUUCAUGAGAUGGACAUGGCUAUUAUCAGAGAGGGGGGUAUAUCGAAGAUGUCUCAAGAGGAGCUACGAGUGGCAUGUUUUCUUCGUGGCUUGAAUCCUGUUACAAUGAAGGCAGAAGAUAUGAUACACUGGCUGACACAGUGGAUCUGCGUGUCGAAAUCUGUUGACAGAAGCUCCCUCUCACUCUUGCUUCACUGCCCAAUUCUACUUGGAUACAACCAACCCUCCAACUGGAUCCUCAUUCAUUAAAUCAAACCUUUUGCAAAUAAGUCCUAGAGAAAAACAGAUCUGCUAGAAUUAAAUAUUUGAAAAAAGAUUAUGUUUAUUCUGUAUAAAUGAACGAUAUAUUUAUUUUAUGUGUCAAGUAGUGUAACAGUACCAUUUUCACUAAAAUAUGAGACUUUUGAAUUGAA